UUUUCGCAAUAUUUGCUUCCGCGUGUGAAGCCCCGCCCACUUCCCCCUGCAACAUAAUGCUGCUUUCAGAUUCAGAGAUCUUGUGACUCUCCUGUCUUCUACCGACAUGAGCAACACUCUAAAGUUGACCGUCCUGCUGCUGGCCCUCUCCUCCUGUCGGGGUCUGCAGUUUAACCACAUCGACGAUUAUGAAGACGAGUCCGAGCUCGUUUUCCAGGAGUCCGAAUAUGGGUCUCUGUGGCCUCUGCCUCAGAAAGUGCAGAUCUCUGAGGUUUCAUUCAAGUUGAUGAGCGCCAGUUUCCAAAUAGUUGACGCCAAAGAGUCAUCGGCUGGUCCGAGCUGCAGCCUCCUGAAAGAUGCAUACAGACGGUAACAAACCUGAAUUGACUCAUUUGUCUCUUUCUGUAUCACUUUGAAACUGUACACCGUGUUGCGUUCAGGGACCUGUUAUCGCUAAGGUAAACAACGCCUCUCCCCUCUGUCUCGUUUAUCAGGUAUUUUGAAUACAUGUUUGGCAGUACAAAAAGGCAGCAGCAUACCAAAAGCAGGCGAACAGGCCUCUCUGAGCUGAUAGAGCUGCAGGUGUGGAUCACAUCACCUGAUUCUGAGUGUGACGGAUACCCCAGUGUGACUUCUGACGAGUCAUGUGAGUCCCUAUCUCUUCCUCAAUUACAGAAUAUCACAUUUUAGCAGGAGUCAGCUUCUGUGUACUAACAGAAUGUAACACUUCUAUGUAUCUACUUGGAUUUGACUCCUCAUUAACACUUCUUUACACACUUAAACUUGUUUGUCUUUUCAUUGAGAUAGACAUUUUAAUUCUCCUUAGUUUAGACAAUAACUGACCAGCUCUCCAUGGCAACGGUCUGUUAUUCCCUGAUAGCAAACCUCUUCAGCAGGAGUCAGCUUCUGUGUACCAACAGAAUGUAACAUUUCUAUGUAUCUACUUGGAUUUGACGCAUUUUUAACAGUUCUUUACACACUUAAACUUGUUUGUCUUUUCAUUGAGAUAUGGACAUUUUAAUUCUCCUCAGUUUAGAAAUUAACUAGUCAGCUCUCCAUAGCAACAGUCUGUUAUUCCCUGAUAGCAAACCUUCACUACAGCACUAAUCAUUAUCCCAACCCAGUCCUACAUUUACCAUCAAAGUCAAUCCUUGGUCAAAAGAUUAAGACUUCGGUUUCAGUCCGUCACAACAACCUACUCACCAUACAUUAACCCUUAAUUUUGAGUAUUAAGUGUGUUUACAUGCACUCUAGUUUCCUGCUCAUAAUUGGUUUUAAGAAUCAGGCCUAUACUUGGGUUGUUUUUGAUAUGUCAAGAUAAGCCCUUAAACUGGUUUGCAUACACUUGGAUUAGCUACCUGCGGCACUUUAAUGGAAAUAAGGAUACCGGGGCAUUAGACCUUUUCUAGGUAUCACAAAAACACACAUAACUUCACGUGAAUAUCUACAAACAUUGAUAAGGCGUUAAAGGGUUUCGUGCAACGGUGCAAGCAUCAUAUCCUGAACAAAAUCAGAACCAGGAUGAGUCUCAUGUUACUAAUUGGUGUUCAAACAAAGUCACUCCUGACUGCAGAAGUACCUGUCCUGUUUGACACACGAGAAAGUUCAACACAGUUAUGAUGAGUCUGACAAGAGGAGAGUGUUUAAGCAGUAAGCACAUGGGUUAAAGACUUAGUGAGAUAACUGUUACUUCAUUUCAGAACCAUUUCAGAUAUAUAAGUUGUUGGUAUUAUCAGGCCUUUACUCUAGUUCUGAACAUAUUCUACAAAAAGAAUCAUGUGGGAUGAUUUGGAAAUAGUUUCAUCAAGUAGAAGUGGUUUGCACAGUUUAGUACUCUUACCCGUUACACCUGUAACACUAUUAUGGCUGAGCAGAUGAUGGUCUGCAGUAAAAAAACACGUAAAACGCUGCGUUUUCAGUUUGGAAACAGCAUAGCAUAGGCUAGAUUUCUAAGUAAUUGGUACUUUUUUAUUUUUUGUCCAUAAUUCUUGCUUACUUUUACUUAAUUUGAAUUUGUAAGUUUCCACCUUGUUAUAGAUGGAAAUUCAGACUUCUUUCCUCAGGCCUCUAUCAGUUCAUUUUAUUUUUUUACUUUUGCUGAACCAGCUUUUUCUCCAAGGCAGAUUUUAUUAAUUCUGGGACUUUUUUCAACUUUUAAUGGAAAGUUUUUUAUUUUUAGUGUCACUACUGUUAUGUAAAGGAAGAUUUUGAGUACAUUGGUAAUAUGGAGUAACUACCAUUUCCAGCAAGUGAAUUUCUCCAGACCGGCUUUCCAUUGGAAUUAGAGCUUAAUUGGAUGAUACUGGAGGGACCGGGAUUAACACGGUCACGGUCGGACUAAGUGUCCAAAGUUCCCCCCUGUGCUCCUAAGACUUUGACUUAAACACCGUAAUAACCGCCUGCAGAGCUUUAACACUUAGCCGUACCUAACAGCACAUAUGUAAUAAACAAAUGCCUGUGUCCACAGAUGAACUGUCGGUGGAUCAGCCAAUUGCUGUCUUGAAGGCACCAAAGGUCUGGGGAGCCCUGCGUGGUAGGAUUCUGUUUCUGUUGUUAUAUGAAAACAAAUGUAAUUGAAUUUUUGUUUUCAAUAAACUGGGUCAUAAAAUUCCUCACAGCCAGAGAUAACCUCUUUUUAACUGCUUGUUUGGCUGCACUAGCAGUGAAGAAACAGUUUAUACUGAUACAGACAUAGAUAAGUGAACUUCCUGCUUUCUAAAGAGGAACAAAACUUUUGAACUUUUUAAGAGAUUAAAAAGAUACAGUCAUGUAUCUGAUCCCUGAAGCAGAAAAUAAAGCUGAUGGCGUGUUUCUGUUGCUGUUCAACUUUUUUGGAUGUCAAGUGACCAAGAUGUAAAAUUUUAUAAGAUCCAAACUUCUGACAAAAUCACAUGUUUGUGUUUAUUGUUUUAGGUCUGGAAACUUUCAGUCAGCUGGUGUAUGAAGAUGAAUAUGGAGCUGUAAGUAAAGAAAAAUAUGCUUUUAUUCUGAAAUUCAAAUUGAAAACAUACUGAAGGACUUUGAAUCCAUUCAGUCUGUUUACAAUGUGUUCAAAAAUUCAUUCGUUAUCAGCCUUUCCAUCCUAAAGUGGGUCAUGGUACACCUGUCCAAGUAUGUAAGAAUAGGGCUGUGCGAUAAAUUGAUUAAUCAGCAUUUUGUUCUUGUAAAAUUCACAAAGAAAAUUGGGAUACAUACACAACAUCGUGGCUGCUGCACUUUACAAGAAGGCCAGGUCUCAUCAUUGGUCUGAAACUGGUUUGGUUUAGUGACAUUGGACAAACCAGUGUUUAGAGUCAUGUCUUAGGCAUUUGUAGUUUCAUAUUUAUGAGAAAAUUUGAUCAAAACCCUUUAGAAAGUUUUUAUUUUUAUCCCAAAUCAGCCAGCCCUAUGUAAAAAUAGAAAAUGCUCAUAUUACACUCAAAUUAAAGGAGCAUACAGGACAAAUAACAACAUCUUUCUGGAGUACAUUAUUCAAAGUUCAUCUCUCCCUCUAUUAUAGUCAUCUGUAGGUGUUCACUACCAGCCUGAUGUUAAACUUUGUCUCUUUACAGAAAAGCAUCAAUGGGACUCAGAUCAGUGACUUCCCCAGAUUUGCACACAGAGGCAUCCUCCUGGACACCUCCCGACACUACCUGCCCAUCAAAGUCAUCUUGGCUAACCUGGUGCGCCACUUUCUUUUUCCUACAGCUCAUAUUAGAUUUCUCAUUUUGGUGACAUUCACUAUUUUUUGAGACUUAGUUUUCUUUUCUCUUUCAUACAGGAAACGAUGGCUUGGAACAAAAUCAAUGUUUUCCACUGGCACAUUGUGGACGAUCAGUCCUUCCCUUACCUGAGCCGAACAUUCCCACAGCUGAGCCAGAAGGUUAGUAAAUAAUAAUAAUAAUAAUAAAAAUGUACUGUAGGACCUCUAAAGACUAAGAUAUUUAUAUAAAAACAAACAAGGACCCAGAAACACAGUAGACACAACCACACCAAGACCCAAUAACUGAACAACCUAAAUCAAAAAUGAUCACACAUGGACCCACGAAUAUAAAACGUAAGACACAAAACAAUAUGAACUAAGACCAUGAGCUCAGAUAUACUUAAGUAAGACAGUUAGGAGGUAGAAACCACAGAAAGAGAGAAAAACAGUCAAAUGAAAUCAAAGAAAUGAAUUUAAAGUUAGAAAUAAAUGAAGCAGUUAAAGCAGCAAAUGAAAGCAGUAGAUACAGACACAGGCGCUGAGUAAUAAAUAAGUUAAAGCGAUAAAAUCCACCGAGGCUUUAAAGUUAAUAAAGGGGAAGUAAAAGGCAAUAAAAACAUGAAAGUAUUUAAUUAUUAGAUAGAAGUUAUAGAGUAGUUAAUCCCAGUGGAAGUUAAGAGAAAAAGCACAUUAAAAGAGAUAAGAGCAAUGACAAGAAAUGAAAUUAGAGGCUAAGCGAAAUAAACCAUAAGAGGCAAAGUAGGAAACAGGAUAAGGAGGUAGAGAGGGAUAAAAGCAGUAAGAGGAUGGCACCACAGAAAAACAAGUCGAUAAAAAUGGGUUGUGACUGAUUCUGCAAGUCUUAGGGCCAGGAGGUCCUACCUGUGGGCCAGUUCAUAGGAGGUCAAUAUUUUAGAUUUGUAGCCAGGAGUCAAAUCCAACCAAUCCAAUCCAGUCUUUACAUUUCUCUCUUCCUGUCUGUAGGGGGCGUACCACCCUUACACCCAUGUUUAUACCCCCGCUGAUGUGAAGAUGGUGAUUGAAUUUGCUCGUCUGAGAGGCAUUCGUGUCAUCCCAGAGUUUGACACUCCAGGACACACUCAGUCUUGGGGCAAAGGUGAGUUUUCCAAGAGGUGUAGAGACGCAUUUCUUGAGCUGGUACCUAAAAUGAGUGGCCAGCGACAGCCAAGGUUUAAGGCAUAAUGUUCUUUUGUCAAUAUUUUCAGACAACAUUGGAACAAAUCUUCUAACUGGGCAGAAAGAGGCUUUAAAAUGUUGGCGAUCAGAGUAUUUUUUGGUCAAUGCCAGUUUAAUCUCUAAAAGAAGCUUUUGUGGAUAAACUUCUAUAAUUUAUGUGCUUGUUAUAUAAAAAAAGUAACGAUCCCUCUCCAUGCAUCGUCCUCUCAGGGCAGAAGGAUUUGCUCACGCCCUGCUACUCCGGCUCGAAACCCUCUGGCUCCUUCGGACCAGUCAACCCCAUCCUGAACACCACCUACGACUUCAUGGGCGCGUUCUUCAAGGAGAUCAGCACAGUGUUCCCCGACGCCUACAUUCACUUAGGAGGGGACGAGGUGGACUUCACCUGCUGGUGAGACUUUGUACACAAUGUCAAAACUUAUGUACGAUCACACAGUUAGAGUCAACACCUGCUGCUGUUUCUGCCCUAAAGGAAGUCCAACCCGGAUAUUCAGGACUUCAUGGAUCAGGAGGGUUUCGGACAAGACUUCACCAAACUGGAGUCUUUUUAUAUCCAGAAGUAAGUUGCUCAUUUUAAACCAUGCCAGGAUGCUCAUUGAUAAACAUCUUAUGUUAUUUCUUUUUUUGUAUCUCGCAGACUGUUGAAUAUUGUCACCUCUACUAAGAAAGGCUACAUGAUCUGGCAGGAGGUCUUCGACAACGGCGUUAAGGUAAAUAAGCAGAAACAGCGAUCAAAGUUAUGUAAUUAUUAAGUUAUUAACACUUUAAUGAGAGAAUGAUAUAACUUUUUCAUACUAACUAAAACUCAAAUGUUAUGCAGAUGAUGAUCUUUUCUCACCAUUUGGGUCAUUCAUGCUACAAACUGAGUUACCGUGUUAUCCAGAAUGUCAAACUAUUUAAUGGAAACCAACUUUAGCAGUAUAGAUGUGUACACUAGCAUGGUCUGUGACUGUUCCAGCUGAAUCCAGACACAGUAGUGCAUGUGUGGAUGGGCGGCACGUCUAGUGAUGAGAUGAGCAGGGUGACGGAAGCAGGGUUCACCACCAUCCUCUCCGCACCGUGGUACCUAGAUUACAUUAGCUACGCUCAGGACUGGCAGAAGUACUACAAGGUCGAGCCGCUCAGCUUCAACGGUCAGUUGUUUAAAGGAUUUUGCUUCUUAUGUUGAAUCGAUCAAUCAAUCAAUCAGUUUGGUGGAGGGAAGCUUUGAUUGGGGUGGUGAAGAAAAUUACGGAUUUUGUUCAACAGGCUUAUGCUUGAAAACUGCACAGUUGUGACACAGAGAGUGAGUCAGAUAUGUAGAGAGGGCAGUGUAGAUAGCAGAUAUUAUAGAUGAGGUAUAUUUUACUGAACGAGCCUUGGAUUAUAUCAGUUAGUAGAAAGCUGGAGGUCUUUGUUUGAAACAGGCUUUAUUUCAACAUUUCUAUAAAAACGAUAUGAUUGGCCGUAUUUUGGUGUGAUAGCGUUCAAAGGUUAGUGCAUUGCAUAUACAGUACAAAACAAAUUGAUGCUUUUUUUGUGUAAGUGUUACUGAAAGUCUUUGUAGGGAUUUAGUUGUUUAGGAAAAACAGUGAGGAGCACAGUUCUUAAGCAGAGCUGACAUUCAGCUACUGCCAUCUAGCAGCUUUAGUAUGUUACUACACAAUACGGUUCGGCUUACAAAGUGGUUUUAUCGUUGGGUCUUUUAAAUUAAGGUAGAUGGAAAUGUUUUUACCUGGCAUGCGUUUCACUCUAAACCAGCAUGAAAUUGCCUAUCCUUGUUGAUUUGAUCUGACUGAUUUUGUGUGAUCAUGUUGGCCACUUCUAAGCCACUAUCUAAUACCGACUUUUGACAUUUAAACCUCACAAAAAAGACUCCUUUUUGAUUUCACAAAUUUCCUGACACAAAUAUGACUGGUUGUAAAAAGGAAACAACAAAAAGUCCAAACAGAGCAAAAGAAACAUCCGUGUCAAGAUGUUGGACCUUUUUAUUCUUUUCGUUCCACUCCCACUAUUUUCUUUUUCGUCUCACUUAAACUGACAUUUCUAUGUGUGUGUGCUGUGUAGCUCAAGCCAGACACAAUAAUCCACGUUUGGAAAGGAAACCAGCAGCAAUACAAGAAUGAGAUGGCAAUUGUUACAUCAGUAGGGUACCAGACCUUGCUGUCCACCCCUUGGUACCUGAACCGUAUCUCCUACGGCCAGGACUGGCAGGGCCAUUACAAGGCCGACCCACAGGAUUUCAAUGGUUUGUGUCUGCAUGAUUUGGCUCUUCUUCUCUUGGCCGUUGCAAAGUCAUUGUCAUUUUUUUUUCUCCGCCUGCUUUGCCUCUAUCAUGUGACUCUGCUUUAUUGUUUUGUUGCCUGUCUGGCCCAGAUUUUUUUAUUUGUGUUGUUUGACUUUGGACUUGAACGCCUCAUAGUCACAGCUGUGCAGACAUGUGUAAGCCUGUUGAAUGAAAAAGGGGAAUAGUUUGAUUUUUGGUUACCAUCAAAUGUGUUUUCAUUAUGUUAUUUAAAUCUCUAUUGUGAAGCUCUAACCCAGACUUCCUUGUUCUCACUGAUCAUAACAUUUUAUAACAGGAACUGAGGCUCAGAAGAAGCUCGUGGUUGGUGGUGAAGCUUGUUUGUGGGGAGAGUAUGUGGACGGCACCAACCUGACACCCAGACUCUGGUAUGGUUCUUGUGAUUCUUCGAUGAACAUGUUUUAUUUUGAACCUCAGUAGAGAGGAACGUUGUUUUACUUUGUUUUACAUCUCCCAGGCCUCGUGCCAGUGCUGUGGCAGAGCGGCUUUGGAGCGCAAAGGACGUGACGGACAUCAACGAUGCUUUCAACAGACUGUCCCUGCACCGCUGUCGUAUGGUGGAGUGAGUGUCUGACCUUUUUGCUCUGUCUGUUAAAUGCUUUAUCAUCUGAGGGGCGUUUUCCAACCUGUCUUCUUUCAAUCUUAGACGCGGGAUCCCAGCUGAGCCGUUGUUUUCCAGCUACUGCCCCCAUGAGUACAAAGGCCUCUGAUCUGACUCGCCGUGGGCACACAAAAAGGGAAAAAGGAGCAAAUCCAUACGCAAUCAACCACACAAUCACUGGGAAAUCCAACGCUAAGCUGCCUUUGUAGAAACAUCACUGUGCUGCGCUGAGAACCUCAGACCAAUCAAUCCUUUCGAACAUGCAGACCCGCAGAGAUCUUCAUUACAUCCAAUGUUGUCAACUUAAAUGCACUCUGUUAUCUUUUUUUAUCAAUGUUUGUAUGAUUGUGAAUAAAAUUGUACAAUUUUAGAUCUUGACUCGGUACUCCUUGAAAAUUACAGCCAUACAUUGAAGUGUUCCUUAUAUUUGUCUGUUAGACGUACAUGUGUUUGCACUCACACCAAGCGCAAGAAAAAAUCAUCUAUUCGCUUCAUUUGGGCGUCAACGGUAAUUUCAACGGUAAUGCCUGCCAAUUCAAACAGUUGGGAUCAGGUGAUGAAUAGAGCCUAACCAGGUAAUCUGACCUCCUCACUAACUUGCCUCUUGGUGAGCUCCUUUUUAUUCCAGUUUCGGUAAUUGAAAGAAAAGGUAUCAUAAAAUUCGGGGCCCCCACACACCCAACCCGAUCAGUUUGUCACUUGGCAAC